AAUAAUUGAAAUGGGCAGCCAGAAACGAAGAUUUCUUUGUACCGCCGCAUCUUCCAGACACUCGCCGCGAAGACUUUGAACGGAUAAGAACCACCAGAACCCAUCUUCUCAACGAACCUCCUCCUUUCUUCCCCAACCGCCUUUCCCAUCUCUCUCCCUCUAGCUCUCGCCAUUAAUGGAGCUGAAUCAGAACAGAAAAAUCAUGGAAGGAGAAGAAGUCAACAAAUGGCCGCCAUGGCUUCGCCCUCUUCUCUCCACCACCUUCUUCGUUCACUGCAAACAACACGCAGCAGCACACAAGUGCGAGUGCAAUAUGUACUGCCUUGAUUGCAUGAACGGCGCUCUCUGCUCUCUCUGCCUCUCAUUCCAUCGCGAACAUCGCUUAAUCCAGAUUAGGAGGUCAUCGUACCAUGAUGUUAUUAGGGUUUCAGAGAUUCAGAAGGUGCUGGACAUAAGUGGAGUUCAGACUUAUAUAAUCAACAGCGCAAGAGUCGUCUUCCUCAAUGAGCGGCCGCAGCCAAGGCCGGGAAAGGGGGUGACGAAUAACUGCGAAGUCUGUGAACGGAGCUUGCUGGAUUCCUUCCGUUUCUGCUCCCUCGGCUGCAAGAUUGUAGGAACAUCUAAUGAAUCCGGCGUGAAGAAACUAAACAAGAAGAAGAAAGGGGGGCUUUCACCACAUACAUCUUCGGACUCGGAGGAGUCCUACUCGAGCAUGGUCGUGCAGAGCUUUAUACCUUCGACGCCGCCGCCGACCACCAACGGUUGUCGCUCGGCGAAGAGAAGAAAGGGCAUUCCACAUAGAGCUCCCUUUGGGAGUCUCAUUUUAGAGUUUUAGAAGCUUCAUUUUCUCUCUCAUAGACGAAAGAUUAUUAUGUGUUGAUUACAUGCAUAACUUUAAGUUUACAUGUAGAAUAAUGGCAUACAUAGUUGUGUACUAAUUAUGUACUC